AACAGGAUAAAAUAGUGGAUGGAUAUUCAAUAUGGAAUGUACAACAAGUAAAACUAACAGAAGAUACAAUCUAGAAGCUCCUUAGAUGAGUCUCUUUCAAAACAACUGCUCUAAUUCAAAAUCCGACUACUGACUGGACUCUUAGCGGAGGCGGUCAUCCAGAGAACCAUUUCAACCCCCACAGCUUGCCUAAUGACAUCAAAGCGCCCCAUCGGACUUUGGCAACGUCUAGUGGGGCACGAAGGGUUUAUACGAAAGCAUUUGAUCGUACAUGCAGCUGCUAUGAAUAGAAUAGAAUCUCGAAGCUCAAUAUCUGUAAGCACAUUGGUGGAAACUGAAACUGGUAGUGGUUCUAAAGUGUAUUUAAGGACCAGAAAUAAAAGAUCUACUAGUUUCGAAAACUGAGUCGUCCCAAUCGAACACUUCAAAAGAAACAGUUUCGCAGCAUAAUAUAUGCUCAGACAGCAAUCGUGGAUUUACCAGUAGUGCUGUAGAUUUCAAUGUUCGAUCGCUUUUCCUUCUUCAAUUAAGACCACAAAACUUCAGCCCUGCAGAAGAACAACUCCUAUAUCAGGGCCAACUCCCUUAUCCAAUCAAAAACUUUCCAAAUAAUAUCUCUAUCUUUAGUUUUAACUCUAUGGAUUUUUCACCAUAUGUGUAUAUGAUUGAUUUUUGAUUUUCUAGUGCCCCAAUUUUUUUUGUUCUUGUACUUCUGCACUUUGUAAACUCAUUUUCACAGCAGGUGCGGUUUCAAGGGGAUCAAGACCCCUGAUGAUCAUUCAUAAAUUAUGUCGCACGAAUUUUAUGAUUUUUUGCCCUUCCCCCCGUCCUUGUCAAAGUAGGUCAUAUUUGUAAGAUUUCCCCCUCCCUAGUGUAACUACACAUAUUUUGCAAAUUUACAUUUAGAAUUUUUUGGCUGGAAAUAGAAACUAGGUUCUCUUGCACUGCUACUAAGUACAGUGACACUAGCGCUGGUCCCGCUAUAAAGAACGCUUUAGUGUACACUUCCUGAACUAGUUCCGCAAGUGCAGCUACCAAGAACAAAAUUUAUGUGUCUUAUGAAUACAGUUCACCAUCUUUUCUAUGUGGAACAACUCCGCUUUACAAAAUUGUUUCUUGAAACCCCUUGUAAAAAACACUGAAAAUAUCGUUCAACUGGAUAUAAGUAAAAUGCGAAAAAAUUAUGUUUCCAUGUUAGGAAUGGAAAAUUAUGUCAUAUAAUUCGUAUUAAUUAAUCAUUUUUAAUGAAAUUUGAUCAAUAAAAUUGUUUUACAAGAAAUAUAAUCGUUAAAACAGUAGCGCCAUCUUUGUAUACUCCAUUUAGUCAAUCGCGGUUGAAGGUUUCUGUAUUAUUUGUAUAACAGAUCUUAUCUGCGACAGAUGGCACUGAUUAACCGAUUGAGGAUUUGUUUAUUUUUACCCUUAAAAUUUUCGAUAACCCUUCACCUGCUCCAUUCCAAAUGUCACAAGGAGGAUCAGCUGUGAAGUGUUAAAAAUGUAGUUAUUAAAAAUAUUUGUAUUUUAAUAUUAAAAUACGUGGUGAAAAUGUCAAUAAUCUGUGAAGAAAUAUUCGAUGAAAUCAGUCAUCCCUCCGAAGAAGAAGUGAAAGAAUACGCUCUAAGAAUCGGUAUAGACCCCGUAUCAGAACCGCAGUUACUACCACUAGCUGCAGAAGGGUUAAUGAAAGCUUUACCAGCCGGUUGGAAACCAUGUUACGAUGAUAAAUCAAAAUGUUACUAUUAUUACAAUAAUUUAACAAAGAAAACGCAAUGGGAACAUCCUUUGGAUAAUAUUUAUCGGGGAUUAGUAAAAAAAGCGCGCACAGAAAGUCAAUCGCUCAGUCUUCAGGACAACAGAGAAGACGCUACUUACGUUACUGACGAUAUUCUAAGUUUGGAGGAACCGGUUUCCAAUACACCUCCAAAAAAAUUAGAUCCACUUCCUAUAGUUACCAAGAAGAGAUUAUCGCCGAUUAAACUCAGUCCGAAUGCCAGUCCUAAAAAGGACUUUAAAUUAUUCAAACAAAAAUCCGAGGACUCAACGACAGGUCCUAAGAAAUUAUCUUUGGGCUUUAGCAGUUUAGAUGACGAAAAAGAUUCGGUAUUUGAUCGCCAUCCUAGAAAUAUGGAUCUGAAAGUAGCAGGUGGUGGAUCGAUGUUUCUAAAAUCGAACACCAUGAAGAAAAACAUCGAUACAGGCAUAAGUCCUGUCAAUACCAAGACUGAAAACAACCAAGGGGUUAUAGAUCAAGGGGAUUCACAACAACCGAGAAGCAUUUUACGCGAAAAAAAUAUAAUGGAACAUUCGAAAAGUCUAGAAUUCGAUAGACUCGCAAUUAUGGAUAAAUCGGAAAAGGAUGAAGAGGAUAAAAAAAGUGUCAGGUUCAAUUUGGAAAAUAACACCGAUAUCGGUAUCACAUUCUCGGAUAAAAGUUCGAGCGAAGAAGAAUUCGCCAAUAGCGAUAAACACAAACUCGAUGACGUCAUUAACGUGAAACUUACGCCGAUCAAAAGUAGAUUUUCUGUCCAUCCGGUAUUGGAACCCAUCAAAACGAACAAUACUUUGAAACUGAUCAAACCGAAUCCCAAGGACUGCAUCAAACCGAAGCUAACUCUCAGCAAGGGUUCAGACAGUGACGACGAGACCCACAGUUUGGAAAAAGAAGGUUUGGAAAAUGUAAAUAUAUUCGAAUCGGAUAAUUCGGAUUCGAUUAGCGAGCGAAUAGCGAAAAGUACGAAACAAUUGGAAGCGAAGGCCGAGAAGAAAGUUGAAUUGCUGAAACAAACAAUAUGGGAAGAAAAAAAUAAGGAAAUGAUGAAAUUUAAAGAGGAUUUGGAAACAUCGCACAAACGGGAAUUAAAACGAAUCCUCGAAGAUGAAAAAUCCAAGCAAGAUAUUAUACUCGAAGAAGAAAUAGAAAAGUUGAAAUUGGCGUUAAAUUUGGAACAUCAGACGGCGAUAGAAGACGAAAAGAGUAAAAUAGAAGAUAAAUUGAGAUAUUUGAAGACGGAAUUAGAUAAUAACAUUGUAAUUGAGGAAGAUAAAAUGAAAGAGAAGUUCGAAUUGAAGAAAGAGGAAUUGGAAAAGUAUUACGAAGAAAAAUUGGCGGACGUCGAAAAGGAAUUGGCGGAAAAAGUUGAAAAGAGUCGCGACGAAUUAAUUUUUAACCAUAACGCAGACGUGGAUCAAUUAAAACAGAAUCAUUCGAUUAUUAUAGACGAAUUGAAGAGACAAUUCGACGCCGAGGAACAGGUCUUGAGGAAAACUCAUCAGGCGAAAAUGUCGGAAUUACGAAGCAAAUUUCAGGCGGAAUUGGAACAAGACAAAAAUCGUAGUACGACAGAUGAAAAGUUACGAUGCGAAAAAAGAUUACUCGAAGACAAAUACAGAUGUUUGAAAGAAAAAUACAUUAAAUUGAAAACUGAAGUUAGAAUGACGAUGGAAAAGAGAAGUAAACGAAAAGAACAAAGCACAACCACUAAUACUACCGGAUCCGAAACCGAACAAAGUCAUUCGAACAAUAAGGAAAAAAAAAUAGUCGAUAAACCACCAACUCCGAAACAUACAAAAAACUCAACCGCCGAAGAACCUAGACCGAAAUCGGAAACUAGGAACGCGACGCAAGUUCUUAUUCAUGAUAUUGAUACCUCCGUGAGUGAUAAUUGUUAUCACAGCGACGACAAAACCAAUCAAAACGAUAGUUCAGAUAGCACAAAUCCCGGUAGGAGUCGAAAAAAAAUAUUUUCCAGAUUAAAAAGUUCUUCCACAUCUAGAAUUAACAAUAAUACGAAAGUCCGGAAACCUCAAAGAUCUUGUUCACCAGUAGAAAAUCUUCGUAGGCAAUUACAAAAAUUGGAAGAUUUAGAAGAUCAAUUUCCUGAAAACGCCCAAGCAGAUACUUACCAUUUAAGAUACCCGUUUUCUGACGGUCAAAAAUUCGAAGGUAGUUCGGAGUUGGAAUUUUUCCGACACCGCAUCCAUUUGGAGCGUGAUUCGAUCAAAAGAGCCAAAGAGAGUUUGAGAAGUCAGAAAAGUUUGUUUCAACAAAGACAGAAAGAAUUGAAAUUGAAGCACGGAUCGAUGGCCAGGCAUACGUUACAACAACUGUGCCAGGAAGAAAAAGAACUGACAGACAUGGAAGUCAAUUUACACAGAACUCGUAGCCUUCUUGGGGAAAAAGUGAUUCGUUUACGUCAUCUUGAACAAUCACUUCAAAGGGCCAACAUGCAAAACGAUCAAAAUCAUGAAGAUGCCACUUUAAGUGAUAUAUCAUCUCAUAGCGCCAGUUCAGGUAUAAGUUCGACGGAAUUCGCCACCGCCGAUUACGUCGCCAAAGGCAUUUUGAACAAAGAAAAAUUUCAAGAAUCCUCUGAAAUAAUACAAAGCUUGGAAAAUUUGAAUUCGGAAAUCAGAGAAAUAUGGGACGUCCUAAGGAAACAACAGCAACAAACAAACAUCCAACAAGUGAUUCCACCUUUGGUAUAUCCGGACUUGGGUUGGCCGGUUUUGGCCGGUUCCGCGACGAACGUACAACCGGCGCCGCCCUCGAUACCGACUUUGGCUGAUCGUCUUCAUAAUUACCGGCAACAUUUGGCGUUGGCGAACGCUCAAAGCACCGUCGUCACUCAUGCUACUCAAGGAGCAACUACGACCUUAGUCGAAAGAACGAGGAACUUGAGACACUGGUUGAAAACUAGCGGUAUGGAAGCCGGAGGAAGCGAUACUAACGCCCAACAAGCCACGCUGUGAAAUGGAAAAACGAAUCAGAUGUGAAUUUUUUUUAAUGUAGCUAAAUAUUUAUUCUCUUAGUUUUUUUGGUAUUAAAUUUCAAUUUGUUAAAAUUCUUAUUUA